AUGGUAGAGGCGAUUGCACCGGACAAAGGUACUGGAUCGACUGAGGCGAGACAGCCUGUACUGGUUUAUGCAUUACAUCGCCGUGAGGAUCGAGAUGCUCCAAACGUCAUUGCAGGAAUUUUAGUUGAGAAUACCGAUAGUGAGGUGACUAUGUUGAGCCCAUUGGGACAAUCUGUCCGAGUUAUUAGGUUGUAUAGAGUCAUUCCGUUAAAGGUUCAAGGGACAGUAUUUCUAGCUGAUCUAAUGGAGCUUCCAUUUGGGGAGUUUGAUUCGAUAUUGAGGAUGGAUUGGCUGGUAAAGUACCGAGUAAGUCUGGAUUGUACGACGAAGAGAGUCGUCUUAAGAACCGAGAAGGAUACUGAGGAAAAGUUUGUUUGGAAAGGAUGUGAGGCAUUCUUAGCCUACAUUAGUGUUUCUGAUUCUAGGGACUCUUCGGUUGAAGACAUCGGAACCGUGAGUGACUCUCUAGAUGUGUUUCCUGAGGAACUAUCGGGUUUUCCUCCAAGCCAAGAGGUGGAGUUUGAGAUUGAGUUGAUCUCUGGUACAGCUCUAGUGUCUAUCGCGCCCUAUCGAGUGGCACCGAAAGAGAUGACGGAACUUAAGGCUUAG